AAACAAAUUUUUAUUACAAGAUCAAAGUAUAAUAAUAAUUCGUCUUAGAAUGUGUGCGUGUAGUCUACAAAAUUAAAGUUGUGUAUAUUAAUUACGGUAUAAUAAAGCAUGCGGGGGGCGAGGGGGCGCGCCGCGCUCUCAUAUUCCGUAUAUUGAUUGUGUGCGAGGGGGCCGGGGCAAGGAGGGGGCCACGGCGUGCCCCACUCUGUUAUUUUACGACACGGCUUUCUGUGUAACAUAAUUUUAUUUAAUUUUGUGAAAUGUGUCGGUGUUAUUUGUGAAAAAUCGGGAAGUCGGAAGUGUGAAUUCGAGAUGCAGGGGCUGGUGAGCGACAAGACGUUCCACCUCAAGUGGAACAACCACCUGCAGAACCUGAGCCAGCUCUUCACGACCAUCUACUCGUCGUCGGCGCUAGCCGACGUGACCCUGUCCUGCCGGGAUGGCACGCUCAAGGCUCACAAGCUUGUUCUUUCCGCCUGCAGUCCUUACUUUGAACAAAUCUUCAGGGACAAUCCAUGUCAGCAUCCAAUUGUUAUCCUCAAAGGGAUUCCAUUCUCGGAGAUCAACCUUCUGGUGGAGUUCAUGUACAAAGGAUCGGUGGAUGUCCAAGAAUUGGAUCUACAGUCGCUCAUGCACACGGCCUCCGAGCUGGAGAUCAGAGGGCUGGCAUAUGAGGCUCGGGACAAUGCUGCGCAACUGUUGAAUGUGAACUUGGAGUACCCGACAUACUCGCAGACACAAGUGCCUCAGCCACAACCACAGGCGUUCUCCCAGGCCCGCACUGAUGUUGAGCGGCUUAAGCAGAUCCACAUGUACCAACAAUCCAUGAUGCGUUCGGAAGAGAUCCGGCGCCGCCGCCGCGACGACAACCCUGGUACGCAUACGGCGGUCAACAACAUACUCGCCGCCGCGGCUAGAGAGAUGGAGGAGGCGAGACACGCGACCAGGGGCAACGAGAGGGUUGUGGCUAGCAUACAGACCGAGCUGGAGCAUGCCGCCGCGACGUCGACCCCCGACAAGCAGGAGGACGAGAGGCCGAAGAAGCGCACCUCCAUCCUGUCUCCCGAUGACGACAAGUUGCGCGCCAAGAAGAAAAUGACCGUCCGCUUCCAAGACGACAAGACUGACGAACGCCCUAACAAGGUUAAUUCGCCGGGGGCAGCCUCCAACCAGGACGACCCGAAGCCGGGCGGCAUCAAAGUAGUGCAGCUAUCCGCUCUGCAGAAACCAACCAACAACGAGCAUGACGAUUCUGAUGAGAAAGCCAAGAACAUGGAUGAUGACGAAGAGACAGAUUCGAGCGGCUCCAUGUCGGACUCCAACGCCAACGAGUGCGAGGAGGGGCGCCGCCCUCACGUCUGCGACAUUUGUGAUCUCAGAUUCCAGCGAUCAUCCCACCUGUCCCGGCACCGGCUGACGCACACCGGCGAGAGGCCCUUCACGUGCGGCGGCUGCGGCCGCUCGUUCGCGCGCUCCGACAAGCUGCGCGUACACACCAAGAUCUGCGAGCGGGAAGACCCAACCGUCGACAUGGCCAACGAGUCCGCCACGACCAAGCGCGAGAACAACUCUGAAGUGAUGUCCGGCAUGGUGCGCACCACGCACCGGGAGUCCGGACACCUCGUGUUCACGCCCAGCGGUGACGUCAUGCUGCCGCCCCGGGCUGCCACCAACCCCGUGGUGCUCAACAGCACGCUGGAGCCGGUGAAGCACGAGCUGGCGGCGGGUGAUCUGCUCGAGCCGCCGCGCCGCGGCCGCGGCCGCCCGCGCAAGACGCCGCUGCCGCUCACGCCCAAGAUCAAGAAAAAGCGCGGCCGCCCGCCCAAGACCUCACUAGACCUGGAGGGCUGCGUGCUAACGGGUGGCACGGUGCUCGGCAACGCGCACAACCUGAGCAGCCUGAGCAUGUCUGCGGCGCUGCCGGCCGGGCAGCAGCUGCUGCUCAAGCGCAAGCGCGGCCGCCCGCCCAAGAACUACCUGCUGCCCGCGCGCACCGGUACCGACUUACCGAUGCAGUACAACAUAAUGGACUUGAAUAAGAUUUACGGCCGUCCCAACGAGAACUACAACGCAACCAACCUGCCCUUCGGAGACUUUUCCUAUCUGACCGAAAUGAUGUACAACCCGGCCCUCGCCGCCUACGGAUACGGAGUCACCAGCGUCGACCCCGACCGCAACGUGGACCAGGAUCAGACGGUCAGUGAAACCUCACAUGACCGCACCAUAGACGUAUCAGACUCAUCCUCAGACGAAGAGGACACUUCAAGAGUGGAACCAGAAGAAAACGUACCGUCGGUCGGCGUUGAAACGCAAAUCAUGACCGUCGGCGACUGUCAGAUCGUCAAACUCCCGCCUAAUAAUGAGGAGCCGAACAAGGAAGACAAGUUGGAACAGGUACAGGACAAUACUAUCGUUCCGGCUUCGACCCCCAGCUCGGUCACAAUCACGCCGAUAACUACGGUGGGAGACUGCACUAUAAGACCGGUAGAGAAUAACACUUAAGUGCGAUAAUUAAGCGAUGAAAAUAGGUACAGAAUACCUGUUUUUGUUGCUUUUAGCGGAGAAGGAUGAAUGUUGACUGCAAAUCAAGACACAAAGCAAUUUUAACA